AUGGGCCCAUUUCCUGCCUCAUUCGGUAAUGAGUAUUUUCUUGUGGCAGUUGAUUAUGUUUCGAAAUGGGUAGAAGCCAAGGCUAUAAAGACCAAUGAUCACAAGGUGGUUAUGUCUUUUAUUCAGGAGUACAUCUUUAGCCGUUUUGGAUUUCCCAGGGCCAUCAUUAGUGAUGGUGGCUAUCAUUUUAGACAUUGGAGGUUAGAGGCUUUACUGAAGAAGUACUCUAUUACCCACAAAGUGGCCACCCCUUAUAAUCCCCAGACAUCUGGUCAGGUGGAGGUUGGUUCCACUCGCCGUCUCAAGUUAUCCGAAUUAGAGGAGUUGCGCAAUGAUGCCUAUGAGAGCUCACGCAUCUAUAAAGACCGAACUAAGGCGUUUCAUGAUAAACACAUAGUUCGGAAGUCCUUUGAGCCUAAUCAGCGUGCAGCUAAGAAAGAGAUUAGCUUGGAUUCAAGGGAUUCAGUCUUCGGUAGAGAAGCAAUUAUUGUCUUCCUGGCACUUGGGAAUACUAGUAGCGCAGAGGAUCGUGCCAUUUAUCUUGCCUUAGCAGACGAGGAGCAUAUGAAGGGGGAAGCCAGCAAAACAACGAAGUUUGAAAAAGGACUCAAACCGGAGAUUGGAUCUAUUCUGUCGGUCCUAGACAUUCAGGAUUACGCUCAAAUGGUCGACAAAGCAAAGACUACAGAGGACAGAUUGAAAGAGAAGGCUAUACGGUCACCUGGUUCGGGCAAAAGGCCAAGUAAGUUGCACUCUAGAUGGGAUGAUCCUUAUAUUGUUAAAAUUGUUUUUCCUCAUGGGGCUAUUGACGUUGUCAAUCCAAGUACAAGCGCUACUGUUAAAGUGAAUGGCCAACGUUUGAAACCAUACAUUGAGAUGCCCGUUCCAGUUUUGGAAGGGGUCAUGGAUCUUCAUAAGCUUCUUUACCUUGAUGAUUGA